GUUGAAAGAGACCACUUUACUGACGCCAUGGAGGGGCAAAGGUUCUCCAGGUUGGGCCUUUCCAUCAUAGCCUGCUUGGGAUUUGCGGUGCUUGUGUUGAACAUCUUCUUCUGGUGGCGCUACGUGCACGCUGCCGGGCUUUGGGGUGACCUGGAGGACGGUUCCUGCAAGCUCUUAAGCGAAAAGUACACCGCAGGGUGGAAGUGGGGGUGGAGCUUCCCCAUCACUGGGCCAUCUUGGACAGAUGUGCCCUGCAAUGUGAAACUCGAAGCCUCCCUUGACGGUGAGCCGGGUUUUGAAGGGAAAGCGACGCUCCACUUCACGUAUUGGCAGGGCGUGGUGUGGGACUACUUGAAGGAUAGCUGCAGCCGAAUGCUCCCGAAGCUUGACGGCUCCUUUGACUGCGCUUUUGAUUUGCAGGGGACCGUGUUCGUGGGACAUACUGGUAGCCUACCGCAUCUUCCACGGCUACUCCUGAUGAAAGCCUCUGGCUUGUCGCUCCUGACGCUGAGUCCGGUUCUCCUGAUGUGUGUCAACAUGGGCCGAGCUGCACGAGCUUCUGAAAUCUCUAUGGAGGUCCAGGCAGACGAGCCAUACACUGUGUUGACAGAGGAUCCUGAUGGCAUUUAGAAUUUGGAAGAGCCUGUUCGCUGGGGUCGUUUCUUAGUCUUAGUCAGCACGUGGAUAUUCACGAUCGCUGGAUCCUGUAGACUCUCUCUCUCUCUCUCUCUCCCUCUCGGGGCGUGGCUUUAGCCACAUCGCGACUCUGAGAACUGAAGCAUGCAUUUUGAGAAUGCACCACGCGUGCUUUGUGUCCUUGGACUAGAAAGGCAUGAGGGGAAAAUGUGCCCUUGACAAGAUUAAACAAG